CUUUAUACGGAGGAAGGUUUCAGUCGAGGUGAAGUAGACCACCUAUUUAGCGCCUUAGUUUUACCGAAUUUCACCUAUGGUCUGCCUGUUUAUGGCGCUGUAGACUCAGAUCUCACCGUCAUACAAAACUUUCUGGAUAGAUGCUUUAAUAGGAAAUACACAUCUAAGAGAAUGGACAUUCGAGAACUUUUAGAAAAGGCAGAUAAGAAGCUUUUCAAGGUACGUUCAGUGGAUCUCGAUUGCCUGCUUAGUAACAUCAUUCCGAAGAAGAAAGAAACAAAGUAUCAUCUUAGAAACAAAAGUGCUCAUCGCCCGGAAAUAA